AUGGACUAUAAAAACUAUAGCAUUAUAAUUGCCAAAAAAAUUGAUGCAACCUUCCGUGACAUCAUUGGCAGUACCCAAAGUGCUGGCAUCAGAGGUUGCACUAUUCAGAAUAACAUAAUGUUUAUUAAUGUAAUGAGUAACAUCUACAUCAAGAGGAAAUCUCCACUCUCUAUCUUCUCUAUUGACAUGGAAAAGGCCUUCGACACUGUUAACAGGCAGAUCCUCUGGAAACUUCUUGACCUCUAUGGUCUUAACAAUAGUGAAAUAAACAAAAUUAAACUUCUCUACCAAACUCCCAGGACUAAAAUCAAAAUAAAUAACCAUGAAUCCGACUUUACUGACUGUGCUGCAGGCGUAAGACAGGGUUGUCCCUGCUCGAUGGUGCUCUUUACUAUAUACAUAGAAACUCUACUUAAAAUGAUCAUGGAAGACAAACUUAUAACCCCAGUAUACAUCCCUGGCACAACCAAGAAAAUAAAAUAUAUAGCUCAUGCCGACGACAUAAAUUUUAGAGUCAUGGAUAAAAUUGCACUCAAUAAAAUCAUUGAAAAGAUAAACAUAUUCAGCAACUUAACUGACAUGAGAAUCAACCAGAACAAAAGCAAAAUAAUCAAUAUCUAUGGUAACAUAUCCUGUGAUACAAUGAAAUCAAAUACCAUCAGCAACAUCAAAAUCCUUGGUGUCUGGUAUGGUGCAAACUGCAAUCAAUAUAACCUUAACAAUAUGAUCCAAAAAAUUAAAAAUGCACUUUGCAUCUGGGACAACACUUGGUUAUACCUGCCUGAACGUGUAAUAGUAGCCAACAAAAUCUUAAUUGCCAAAAUAAUGUACACCCUGUAUAUCACAGAUCUCAAUAAAAGUCAAGUCAACUCAUUGGAAAAAAUCAUAUUUAAAUAUAUAUGGCAAAAAGACUUCGAACCCAUCAGCAGAAACAUCAUGAAAAAUGACAUAUACGAAGGUGGCUGGAGAAUAUGGGACAUAAAAAACCUCGAACAGGCUCUUCAAGUAGCAUACAUAAUUAACUCUAUCAAAAUGCAAGAUCAUCCGCUAUAUGACAUCACUCGCUAUAUUCUAGGGCCCAUCGUUAAAUGCAUCACCGCAGAGUCUGGUAACAAUCCCUUCCUUCUGGACAAUUCCAUAAAAUUCAAAAAAUGGAGAGAAAUCGUCACCACUCUUGUCAACAAGGAUCAAAUAAGGGACACCAACAAACCCAGCACCAUCUACAAAAACAUCUUCAACCAGACCAACAACAGCAACCUUACUGAUACUUCCAUUAACUGGAAAGAAACUUGGACCAAUAUAAACAGACUACCAGCUGAAUGGAGAGAACUCGCAUGGAGAAUCAUUAAUAACAUUGUAAUGACAAGGGAAUACCUGUACAAAUACCACCGAGUAAGUACAGCUAGAUGCCCUCGCUGCAGCCGCAACGAAAGUAUCUUUCACGUGUUCUUUGAAUGCACCAUAGCUACCGAAACUUGA